AUGGUGUUGGACCAGCCCCAACAGCAGCAGCACUUCCACCAGCAGCAACCAUUUCAACAGCAGCAGCAGCAACAGCAGCAACAGCAGCAACAACAACAACAACCUCUUAGUCAUUUUCAACAGGUCCAUCUACAAUCGCCUAUCCAGGCAGAAGACAACAGACUUCCCGGUCAAUCCGUGGCUCGAAGGAAGUUUGCCAAACCGCCCGUCAAAGUUGCCUGCUUAGCAUGCAAACGCGGUGGACCUCGAAAAAAGAAGGUGACAGUACCUCCGCCAGAAACAGGGGAGCCCUCCCAGCCGAACGAGUGGCAUCCUCCUGGUGUGUCACCCACCCGCUAUGACGAGACGGAUGGGGUCUUCAGCCAGAUUGACCCCUUAUCUCUUCCAGGGGCCGGCUUAAGGCAUCUCGAUUUUACUUCUGAUGUUAAUGUGCAGGGCAUGUUUGAAGGAAUAUUCAUCUCAAGAGAAGUUGGGAACCAUGCGGCUAUACCACCACCAAUGCUAGGUGAUUCUCACGCGAAACAAUCGAUGAAUUCAUGGCUAACACGCGACAGAUUGAAUGCUUAUUACGACUUCAUCCACCCAUACUUUCCAAUCUUGCCUCCCAGAGCCACCCAUCCUGGCCCGGAUCAACCGUUGAACAAUGCAGACUCACAUCCAACAACACCAUCAGAAGAACCCACGCUCGUUUACGAACCGGCAUCCCCACUAAGCUCUGCCAUUUCCGCAAUACUUGCACUUGUACCGCAUCCAAACGAUCCGGAUUCGAUGAGCCCUGGCUCAAUUAUGUUGCGCCGAUCAUACGCGCAAGCAUUUGCUCAGCUGGCAACGACGAGCAUAGAAGCUGACGGCGAACUGAUUGACUCAACAACCCAGCCUUCUCAGGCUUUGAACUACGCGCAACCGUCUAUUAAUAGAGAGCCAUUCCACCCUCAAGCACCCGUCGAAUUGGAAGGAAUAUUGGCAUUGCUGGUACUUUGCAUUUAUGAAUAUGCACAACGCGGGAAUCUAAUGAAAAUGAGAUACCGUGCCGGUCAGGCGUGGGUUAUUGCCAUGAACUUGUCUCUUUACGCACUUGGGCCAGAAAAUGAUGAAUUCUCUGAAGCACGACGAAGAGCUUGGUGGAUGACGUAUUUUUGCAUCUUGCAAGGAUCUAUUGCCAGCGUGACGCCCCCGACAGUUAUAAUCAAUGAUCCUCGCUUCACAACACCCUACCCUCAUUUCGCAUCGGACCCCGAGGGCUGGCCAUUAUUGAUUCAAGCACAACAAGUACUGGUAACCGCUAGCCAAUUUACUAUUGACUUGAACAAAUGUCUGAAAUCUCGAUCUAAUAUGCCGUGGAUCUAUGAGCAAAUGAAACAGAUUGAUGCUUGGGCUUCUACGGUGAUGCUGCAGGCCAACAAUCAACUAGCCGUUCCACCCACUGCUUCUCCAGAUGUUGAUGACGAGUUUCUCACGGCUCGGUGCAUUCGGGCUAUUACGAAAAUGAAGCUUUCUAGCGGACAAAUAAAAACCCACCGGUUUCAAGCAUUUUCGGAUAUCCCAAUAUUCAUCAAGAAGCAUUUUGACCUUACCACCGCGAAUUCAAGUAUCGACGAUCCGUACCAGCUAGCGAAUAACGGAAGGGAGGUUAAUCCACUUGCCUGCCAAUGCCAUACGUUUGAAACUCCCAAUCACGUCUUGGCUGCAGCCUACACCGGUUCCCCUUCAGAGUCAUCUACAUCUGGCGCUUCGGAUUCUCUCCAUCGACACUAUUGUUGGCUAGGUCCAGGCUUCCCGUUUACUAGUCAGCACUCGGCCAACGUAUGCCUUCGGGCAGGCCUUAUGAUUUCACAUACGCUUCAGAGUCUACCAUAUCCGCUACAGUUCCGUCACAGUGACCAUGGCGUCCCGGGUCCCAGACUUGACCCUUUUGCAGAUCCUUCAUUGUUGGACCCUCGGGCACAACUACCCCGGACGAUGCCCUCGUUUGCGUCUUGUGUUAUGCAAGGCAGCUAUGCGUUGCUGAUGAUAUUCUACAAGACACGUGUGGCAAAGGACGGAUCCAAUGGUCUCGAAUACGACGCUAACGGGUCUCCCUCGACGGAACGACUGGUUGAGGAACUGAGAAUGGGCUUGGAACGGAUUGUUGGGGCUAUAUCCAAUUAUUCGCGAGCUUUGGAAGCCCUGGACGGAAUGAGAGAUGGUAUCGAAGCAGCAAUUCAUACUGCAUUCACGCAACGGUGA